CGUCCCCUCCCCGCCGUCCCCUGCCGGCGCGGCGCUGGCUGCGCUCCGCGGCAGAGCGGGGCUGCGGGAGGAGCCGCGUUCGGCCGCUUUGUGCCGGCAGCCGCCGCAGGACGGCCGCAAAGCCAUGGAAGAGUUAAUAGUUGAGCUGCGCCUGUUUCUUGAACUUCUGGACCAUGAAUAUCUAACUUCCACUGUCAGGGAGAAGAAGGCAGUAAUAACUAACAUUCUCCUGAGGAUACAGUCAUCAAAAGGUUUAGAAAUAAAAGAACAUGUCCAGAAGCAAGAAGUUGCCAACAGUUUGCCUGCGCCUCCUCAAAUGCCUCUGCCAGAAAUACCUCAGCAGUGGCUGCCACCAGAUAAUGGUCCUCCACCACUGCCAACAUCCUCCCUUCCCGAAGGCUAUUAUGAAGAGGCAGUGCCACUUAGUCCUGGGAAGGCUCCUGAGUACAUCACUUCCAAUUAUGACUCAGAUGCCAUGAGCAGCUCUUACGAAUCCUAUGAUGAAGAGGAGGAGGAUGGAAAGGGGAAGAAAAUGAGACAUCAGUGGCCUUCUGAGGAAGCCUCUAUGGAUCUGGUGAAGGAUGCCAAAAUCUGUGCCUUCCUUCUUAGAAAAAAACGAUUUGGGCAAUGGACCAAACUACUGUGUGUUAUCAAAGAAAACAAACUACUGUGUUACAAAAGCUCCAAGGACCAGCAGCCCCAGAUGGAGCUGUUCCUGAAUGACUGCAGUAUCACCUAUAUUCCCAAAGACAGCAAAAAGAAGAAGCAUGAGCUGAAAAUCUCUCACCAAGGAGCAGAUGCCCUGGUUCUGGCAGUGCAGAGCAAAGAGCAGGCAGAACAGUGGCUAAAGGUUAUAAAAGAUGUGUGCAGCAACUGUACAGGAGCUGUAGACUCUGAUGGGCCGUUGUCUAGUUCUCCAGUACACAAAGUGGAGCUGGAAAAGAAGUUGUCAUUUGAGAGGCCAAGCUCAGAUGGGGAAGGUGCUGUGGAAAAUGGGAUCACUACUGUGUGCAAUGGUAAAGAACAAGUGAAGAGGAAAAAAAGUUCGAAAACAGAAGCCAAGGGCACUGUGACUAAAGUAACAGGGAAAAAAAUAACAAAGAUCAUUGGUUUAGGAAAGAAAAAGCCAUCAACAGAUGAACAGACCUCAUCAGCUGAAGAAGAUGUUCCAACAUGUGGGUAUCUCAACGUGCUCUCUAAUAACCGCUGGCGCGAGCGCUGGUGCCGAGUGAAGGACAAUAAACUCAUUUUCCACAAGGACAGGACAGAUCUGAAGACACACAUUGUUUCCAUCCCCCUCCGUGGCUGUGAAGUCAUCCUGGGGCUGGAUUCGAAGCACCCCCUGACCUUCCGCCUGCUCCGGAACGGGCAGGAGGUGGCUGUGCUUGAGGCCUCCUCCUCAGAAGACAUGGGCAGAUGGAUUGGAAUUUUGCUGGCAGAAACGGGGUCUUCAACAGACCCUGGAGCUCUGCACUACGACUACAUCGACGUGGAAAUGACGGCAAGCGUCAUCCAGGCUGCCAAGCAGACCUUCUGCUUCAUGAACAGGCGGGUUGUAUCAGCGAGUCCGUACCGCGGGAGCGCUGCCAACGGCUACGCCUGCCCGAGCGGGAUGGCGCUUCACUACGAUGACGUUCCCUGCAUCAACGGAUCGUGGGAACCAGAAGAUGGCUUUCCUUCUUCUCGUAGCAGGAACAUUGGAGAAGAAAUGCUUUAUGAUAACGCAGGCCUGUACGAUAACUUGCCGUCUCCAAAAAUCUUUGCGCGCUAUCCGCCAGCUGACAGGAAAGCCAAUAGGUUAUCUACUGACAAACUCUCCUCUAACCAUUACAAACACCCUGUCUCAUCCAGUCUGUCUCCUGCUCAGUCUGUCACUAACACCUCUGCUGUGGGGAGGGGAUCUGGCUCGCAGUUUAAAGGCAAGAAGCCUCCUGUGACUGCUAAUGGGAUCACUGGAAAAGCAAGGACUUUAAAUAGCCAGCCGAAGAAAUCUGAAACGGUUUCCUGUGUGAAGCGCACUGCAUCCAAUGCAGAGCAGUACAAAUAUGGCAAGAAUCGUGUGGAGGCAGAUGCAAAGAAGUUACAAAGCAAAGAGGAGGAGCUGCUGAAGAAAAAAGAAGCCCUUCGGAACAGGCUGGCGCAGCUCCGGAAAGAAAGAAAAGAUCUGCGUGCUGCCAUUGAAGUCAAUGCUGGCAGGAAGACCCAAGUGAUUCUUGAAGACAAGUUAAAGAAGCUGGAAGAGGAGUGUAAGCAGAAGGAGGCUGAGCGUGUAAAUCUGGAGCUGGAGCUGACUGAGGUGAAGGAGAGCCUUAAGAAAGCCUUGGCUGGUGGCAUCACACUGGGCUUGGCUAUUGAACCCAAAUCAGGAACAUCAAGUCCACAGUCUCCAAUUUUCAAGCACCGAACUUUGGAAAACUCUCCAAUCUCCAGCUGUGAUACCAGUGAUACUGAGUGCUCCAUCCCUGUGAACAGUGCAGCAGCUCUGAAGAGACCUCCCUCAUCAAACAGCUCUCCAUGUCGAGGCCAUGUCCUUCGAAAAGCAAAGGAAUGGGAGAUGAAAAAUGGAACAUAAACAAAAGAAAGCCACUCACUUUCCAUAAAGGCCUUACCUACUACAGACCAAGACUUAGGCUGCAAAGGACUCACCUGGAAGGUCACAUCAAGUGAUGAAACAUGAGAAGUUUUAUAACUCUGUUAAGUUAAUGGUAGCUUGGCUCUAAUUUGCCUGUAUUCCCUCUACUGUAUUGCUGUGUAACUCUGUGUGCCCAUUUUUAUUAGCUGUAACUCCUUGUUUCCAACUUCACUGGUAGAGAAAACGAAAACCAAAAAAAAACCCAACCAUAGGAACUAAAAAGGAGUAUAAAGUCACAGUUGAAAGUUUACUUUGCUGAAGCAGCAAAGAACCAGCAAUGCUCAAGACUGGUGUGAAAUCCUGACUCCUGCAGGUUAAAACUGCCUUUGGAACUCUGCCAGAGCAGGUCUGGCUCAUCAGCAGAGGCUUUGCUGGUGGUGCUCACAUGGCAAAACAAACCUGAGGAAAUGUGCUGGCAGAAGCAGCAGUGCCUGCUCAGCCCAGCAGCUCUGCAGGGCCACAAGGACUCAUUGGUGAAGCGUUUUUGGGAUACUUUUCAGACAGAUGCUUUUGUCAUGGGGAGAUAAAAAGCUGCCAAACUUGGAGACAGAUGUGGUUUUGUAGGUUCUCUUUAUUGCUGUUCUGAAGCACCAGUCAUUGUCAAAGGUCAUGUUCUUGAACUGUGACUUGUUCCUGAUUUUUUUAAAAGGCAAACAGGUAUUUUUAGAUACUGCUUCUUUUCUAUACAUUUUAAAGAAGAAAAAGAAAACAAUUGAACUUAGUCCUCAACAGAUAAUGGCAACUCAGAAUGACUUAUGCAGUCAGUCUUGUUUUGUUUUUUAUAAUAUGGUAUUGUUAAACUUGAGGUGUAGAACACUGCUGUACUUAGUUUCCUUUGUCUGUUUUCAGACCUCAGCUAUUAUUUUUGAGGAAGAUGACUGAAAAGGUAAUAAUUUUCAGACUCUCUUAUAAACAGCUUAACAAAUAAUUGGGGAUUUUCUCAAACAGGAGUCCAUUUCUCAUUACUAGGAAACAGCAUCUUGCAUUUUAGUCUGUAAAAUUACAAAAAUCUGUUUUUCUUUGUCUCCAUCCAUGUCAUUCCAGAGAAAUUACAUGCAGUAAAUUGCCACUGAAGCCCUUCAAAAUCUCAAGAUUGGUUUUAAAAAAUCAGAAGGGGGUUGGGAGGAAAAUGUAUAAAUCAGAUGGCUUCUUUUAAGUUUUCUCUUUUGUUUUUUUUAGGCCUUUGGAGAGCUUUCAAUCAUACUCUCAAGAUUUUUUCCCUCCUCAACUGUGAGGAGUAGGAAAUUAAUUUUAAAAAUUACCUCAAAAUAUGAGUAGUGUUUUAAUCACAGAUGUUAGGGCUGGAGUCUUGAUAAUUAGUUAAGACUGCAAUUAAAAUCACCGAAGUUGGCAAGACAGCAGUUACCAAGGAUCCCAUCCCUUUAUGGCCAAGCCUGCAGAUUAUCUCUGACCUUUAGGAAUGGGUGUGUGCAGCUCCUGGAGGGUACACUGGGAUUCUCAGCUGAGCUGGAUGCCAGAGGACUUCCUGCAGGAGUCUGUGGGAUUUGAAGGCACAGAUCUGUCAAAAAGACCUGGCAGCUGACAGGAGAUGGGGCUGUGUCCUGUUCCCAAAUGCAUUUAGGGCCAGGGACACCACUGACCUUCACAGAGUAGAAAUGGGGCCCAGCAUGAGAAAAGGCUCUUUGCUUCUUGUGACUGUACUUGGUACAAAGGGCCACAGGAAUGCAGAUACAGUAGGAAAGCAAGUGUCAGUGUGGUUUUCGUUGAAAACACGAUUUUUUAAUAGUAGUUUAGGUCACUUAUUAACUCUCUAACUUGAGGGCACAUUCUGUACUGUGUGACUAUGAACUAAACAGCAUCAAAUUCCCAUAAAUAAUAGCAGAAACAAAUUGGAAGCAAAAGUAAGUUCAUUUAGGCUUUUUAUUUCAAAUUAAGUUAUUUAUUUGUAUAUUUCAAUAAAUAUUUAAUUUAUAUCUGUACAUAUUUAUAAUGCAAAUUAGGCUUCUAGUCAAGGUUAGCAGUGAUGUAACAGUUGCCAUUAAGAAGUGGUCCCACAUGAAAUAAUGCAGAGUAGUCAAAAGCCAGGUCACUUAUAUUGGCAUUGUCUCUUUCCACCCCCUUAUCCCAUGGUAAAAAAAAAAAAAAAAAAAAAAAAAAAAGAAAAAGAUAAA